AAAGAAAUAAUAGUGGCCCUUUGGAUAAACAAUCAACAAGAGCCAGAGUUAGAAAUGUCACAUUAUUAUUUAUUGUUACAUUCUAAAUUUCUUAGCCUUUAAAUGACCACUAGCCAAAUGUUGAUCUGUAAUAACAAUUGACUAGAACAAAUAACGAUACCUUGGUGGGUAAUUGUUUUGUAGGUACUUACAUCUCCAGAACUACAAGAUUGUUAAUUGCAUAGAACAUACGACGACAUAUUAAUACAACUGUGUUAUUAUGCAUUCAGAUAAUGAUUCAACAGACACACAGGAUUGUGAAGAAAUUGUUGAGGAAACUUUAAUUCAUGUUGUCGUGGAUAAUGCUGAUGAAAUGUCAAUUUUGAAUGCAAACAGUAAUGUACGAGUAAUAGCUGUGGACUCUGAUUCUCCAGCGUUACAAAUUGAAAACAAGAUUUUUCAUUUUAACGAAUGGAAAUAUAUACCUGGGACAGCUAUGUUUUUUGAGCGGAAGAAUGAAGUAAAAAAAAUUGAUCCUCUGUAUGAUAAUAGAUGUGGAACUGUUAUACAAUAUGUUGGUUCCACUCGCAAAUGUUUAGAAAUGACAAAAAAGGAAAAUACACUUUAAUCUUAUUAUUUUUUCAUAGUUUAGGGUACUGAAUUUGAUAUUUUUAAUUUUAACAUCUGUAAUAUAAUUUAAAUAAUUUUGUAUAUAAUAUAAGAAUUUUUUUUUCAAAAAUGUAUUUAUAUUAUACAUCAUACACUUAAUCAUUGCAAACACCA